AUGCGUGUUGGAGACUCUGUAGACGACGAGUGGCUCGUCGUCUUUCUUCUGUGGCAGAUUACGAAGAACUUCAACGUCGCAGCUAGAGUUCAUGAUGGGGAUGGUCAAUUCUUGCUCAUAGAAGCUGCCGACGCGCUACCGUCAUGGGUCACCCCAGAAAAUGUGGAUAACAGGGUCUGGAUCUAUCAAGGGCAUCUUCAUAUCAUCCCACUUUCAUACCAAUCAUCUUCCAAGACCUAUAUGCCGAAACGAAUGUCCGAAAAGGACAAGGAGGCGAACCCUUUCAGAACGGAGAUGAUUCGGGUGCUUCCGGUUGAAGAAGCUUUGAAUAUCCUUCGUGCGUCGCACGAAGACACCAGAGCCUCAGACGACGUCGAGCAGAUCAUCAGGAAGAAGAUAUCUGGAUUUCCGCAAGCCGCAACGUCUUUACUCCAUCGUACAAAGGCCGCCUUACCCAUAGAUGUGGCUAAAGCAUUGGCUAUAGAUCCACAACUGAUUCAGAGGGCCGUAGAGUGCUUCUACACUCGCGACCACAGACAAUUACGAUCGACGCAAAAGAUGACAAGAUUCCCGCCAUCAGAGUCCGUAACAGCGACUGUAACGAUGACACGUACAGCGUAUGCCCAACUCAUGGGUCAAAGAUUCACCGCUCCACGCAUCUUUCGCCAACCCGCGAAUCAGUCCAAAGAGGAAGCGCGUUGGUGGGAUAUUGGAGUCAAAAUAGCUUGUGGAUUUGAAAUGCUCUAUCAGGAGUCAAGGACGAGGAGUGAGAGGCUUCGGACCGGGACAUCUGGCGAAUCUAUCAUUGCCAAGAUUGACGCCCUACGCCGCGACCCUGGGUAUAAUAUGUACAUCAGCAGCUUGGAAGCCCGAGAUUUUUUUGAGGGGCAAAUGCGGGACAGCGAAAGGUGGAAAGAAAAAGAGAGUCAGGCGGCAGAGAUGUGGAUAUCGAUGCGACAAGCAGACGACGCCUCUCGUCCAUCGUUUGCGGACCUCGUCACCAAGGCUCUACAAUCAAAUCCCGAUGCUAUGCUUCGAGAUGAAGGGGAGGACUCUGACGAAUGGCUCAACGUUGAUCCGAUGGAUGUUGACCAGACGCUGAGCAAGUACCUCAAAUCACAAACCGAAAAUGAGGCCAUAUCAGUGCGAAGAGACUCGAAUAUGGACUCUGAGGAUCAGGUUGUGCAUGAGCAGGCGCAACAGUUGAAAAAUCUCGCUGACAAAAUGGAGGGGUUUGUCGAGCGAGAGGGUGCGCUCGAAGGCGCAAUGUUCGACGACGACCUACUCUCCGACGAAGAGGAUGAAGACAGCGACGAGGACGAGAGCGAGAAGGAAGACCCUUCGGCUCGUCAAGCUGCCAUGAACGCCCUGGUCGCCCCACUAGAACCUGGCGACAAUAUUGAAGAAGCCAGCAACCAGGAAAGAGAGCCCCAGGGGAAUAGCGAUACGACAAGACCUGUCAUGAGGCCGCUGAUUUUUCAGCGUGACAAGUUUGACGGCGUCGAUUCUGAUGAUGAGACGAGCGAAGAGGAAGAUGGAAACGCACAGCAGCCUGUGAUGGGCGAAGAUGGAGAGGCGUUGGAGAAUGACGAAGAUAGACCGCAGGUUGUGGGUGAAGUCGAGAUAGACAUGGCACAGGAGGAGGAAGACUUUUUGCGCUUCUCAAGAGAGGCAUUGGGUAUCGACGACGAUACCUGGAAGAGCAUCAUUGCUGACCGCGAGAAACGAGGAGUCUAUGUACCACAGAGUGCCACCGGUACCUCACGGAAGGCAGACGAGGCCAAACCGGUUAAACCUCAGGGCCCGAGUGCGGCUCGAUUCUUUGAAGAGAUUCCAAAGAUUGCCGUUACUCCUCGUCCCGACCGAAAGUCGCGAGCUACCGAUGCCUCGUCGACGGACAAAACACCGAAUAUGGAGUUGAACUCCUUUGAAGCGGUAAUGGACGCAAUGGAAAAGGAGUUGGCAAGGCUGCAAGCACCGGCAUUGACGAAGCCCAAAUCCUCAUCGUCGAAACCGAUACAAAGUCAAAAGAAAGGAAAAGGACGGGCGUACCUGGAGACUGCAGGACAAGGCGAUGCGGAUGGAGAGGAUGAAGAGAUGGUUGAAUUACAGGAGGCUAUGGACCUGGAGCUGAGGUCGGCGCUCAAGCGUGACGUCCAUGUGGCUUCAUCCGGUUCGGAGGACGAAGACGAAGAGGAUGAAGAGCCGAUGGACUACAACUUGAUCAAGAACUUCUUGGAGAGCUUCAAGAGCCAGCAGGGACUGGGGGGUCCGGUCAGUGGAUUGGCAGGGCGACUGCAAGGCUCAGACUGGGUGUUCCCAGAUGAUGCCGGAGAUGUCGUACGACGAUGA